AUGCUUUGUGAUUUUAUCACUACUUAUGCUAUUUCAUCCCUCUUUCUAAUAGAAGAUAUUCGUAAUUGGCCGCCUUUGCCUUCAUGGUGCCCUUGCCACCCUUGCGUUCGACUCGAUUUCGAGGCUGACAUCCCAGCUGCCACUCGCUGGUUGGCUCGCUACACAUACUACCUCUGGCUCUUCUACAUACUGCUUCUCUUCAUCAAUGUAUUCGGUACCCUCGCAUACUUUGUUGUUGGCACAACUGGAAAUGAGGGCCCCCUCUUCGGUGUUGCUAUAAUAAUUUUCGUACUCAUGCCGCCACUUGCCUUCUUAGGAUGGUACCGACCCAUCUAUAAAGCUCUCAAGUAA